CUGUCGGCCAUCGAUCUAGCCGAUUAUCUGAUAAAUCCCAUCUGCAUGUACUGUCCGCGAUCGCUGCUGAGGCUCAACAUAGCCAAGCGAGUAGACCCCCAACUGCAAUUGUCCUUCUUCAGUCCUAGGUCUGCCCCAUGCAGACAUACUUUCGUCACACUGGCUAACCAACACCGCCCGCCUGUGCCUGCCAGCCCCACUAGACCCCUCCAGCGCCUCGACAAAAUCCAGCAGCACUUCUCUUCCUCCACCAACCCCUCCACAACAAACAAGUCACCGCUCACCACCAUGGCUUACACCACCCGCAAGGUCGCUGCGGCGAACACCCUCGAGCACCGUGUCUACAUCGAGAAGGAUGGCCAGCCCAUCUCCGCCUGGCACGACAUCCCGCUCUACGCCAACGAGCAGCAGACCAUCCUUAACAUGGUCGUCGAGGUCCCCCGCUGGACCAACGCCAAGAUGGAGAUCUCCAAGGAGGAGACCCUGAACCCCAUCAAGCAGGACACCAAGAAGGGCAAGCUCCGCUUCGUCCGCAACUGCUUCCCCCACAAGGGCUACCUCUGGAACUACGGUGCCUUCCCCCAGACAUGGGAGGACCCCAACGUCACACAUCCUGAGACUAAGGCCAACGGUGACAACGACCCGCUCGAUGUCUGCGAGAUUGGUGAGCUUGUCAACAAGCCUGGUGAUGUUAUCCAGGUCAAGGUCCUCGGUGUCAUGGCUCUGCUCGACGAGGGCGAGACUGAUUGGAAGAUCAUUGUCGUCAACGUCAACGAUCCCUUGGCUCCCAAGCUGAACGACGUUGAGGACGUCGAGCGCCACCUGCCCGGUCUUCUGCGUGCCACCAACGAGUGGUUCCGUAUCUACAAGAUCCCCGAUGGCAAGCCCGAGAACCAGUUCGCCUUCUCCGGAGAGUGCAAGAACAAGAAGUACGCCAUGGACAUCGUCCGUGAGUGCGCUGAGGCUUGGGAGAAGCUCGUCGCUGGCAAGACCGCCAAGAACGACAUCUCUCUUGCCAAUGCUACUGUCUCUCACUCUGCCGACAAGACCGAUACCAGCUCGUUGAAUAUUCCCUCCGGUGAGGACAAGUCUCCUGCUCCUAUCGACCCCAGCAUCGACAAGUGGUUCUACAUCUCUGGUGCCCCCUCCAGCUAGACGUCUGGAAUCAGUGAAGACCUUCACGGUCAGCGUGGACGGCUCAACUGGAAGACGAUCGUGUAUCAUAUCGCGAACCCUUGAACCGUGGUUGGUAAAAGCCUGUUGUUGGCCAAAUGACAUAGAUUCAUCCAAAAGUGAUCAUC